AGCUCCUGCUCCUGCUCCUGCUCCUGCUCCUGCUCCAGGCCGGCGGUGUCGGUGGCGUUGUCAGAGCGUUUGGGAGAGUACAACGGAAUUAGCGGCCACGAUCUCUGCCCACAACGAGCCAAGGAAAAGUCCGACCCUCCAAGAGCAGCUUCUGAUCUGGGUCCAAGCUAGCGCACUACAGGACAUUUUGUUAAUCAGUCUUGAAGAUCCAGACAGGCGAGUGACCACCGAAAGAAAGAUCUACUUUUCCUACAACAAGCGCGCCGGGCCUCGCUCCCGGGAGCCAAGCAAUGUCCUACGUCUUCGUCAACGACUCGUCCCAAACCAACGUGCCCCUGCUCCAGGCCUGCAUCGACGGGGAUUUGAACUACUCGAAGCGGCUACUGGAGAGCGGCUUUGACCCCAACAUCCGGGACAGCCGGGGCCGGACGGGCCUCCACCUCGCCGCCGCCCGUGGGAACGUAGACAUCUGCCAGCUGUUGCACAAAUUUGGGGCCGACCUCCUGGCCACCGACUACCAGGGCAACACCGCCCUUCACCUCUGCGGCCACGUGGACACCAUCCAGUUCCUCGUUUCCAACGGACUCAAAAUUGAUAUUUGCAACCACCAAGGCGCCACACCCCUGGUUCUGGCCAAGCGCAGGGGAGUGAAUAAAGAUGUCAUCCGAUUGCUGGAGUCUUUGGAGGAGCAGGAGGUGAAAGGAUUUAACAGAGGAGCUCACUCUAAGCUGGAGACCAUGCAGACGGCUGAAAGUGAAAGUGCUAUGGAAAGCCAUUCCCUGCUGAAUCCAAAUCUGCAGCAAGGGGAAGGAGUGUUUUCAAGCUUCCGCACCACGUGGCAAGAAUUCGUGGAGGAUCUGGGCUUCUGGAGGGUGUUGCUCCUCAUCAUCGUCAUUGCUCUGCUGUCUCUUGGAAUCGCCUACUAUGUCAGCGGCGUCCUCCCCUUUGUAGAAAACCAGCCUGAACUGGUCCAUUAAGGCACAUGACCUUCGCCCAGUCCUAAGGUCGGUUUGAAGCUUCUCAGAAUCCCUAGCGCACGUCAGCGGCAGCCGUAGGUACGGUUUGCCUUUUAUUACCUAGUACCCCUUUCUGGAGAGAAUUGCGUUCCCUUUAACUCACAAUCCACUGGCAUCUAAGGCCACCUCUGACAUGUCCAGUUUCUUCGUAACGUCUGAGCGUAACAGCCUCUGCCGAUGAAAAUGCGGCGUUUGAACGAAAGAGAAGAGUCACGAACCCUUGACCCAGAAACCGUAUCCCGGUAGAGGGCUAAAUAAGCUUAGCUUCCACAGAGAGAGGAGUGGCUCGGUUAUUUGGAGAGAGAUUCCUCUUCAGAAGCACUUUUCUUGCCUUCUGGCAAGGGGCGGGAGAGGAGGCCCUAGAAGGUUUUUGGGAGGUUUUUUUAGCUUAAACUGGAAGCAUUUUUAUGUAACACCACAGUAAUGUUGCAAAGCACUCAGGCACACUCAAGUGUUUCCCUUUGAGUCACAAACAAAGCAAACCUUUGGGAGAAAACUUCAUUCCUCAGCCCUUCCUUUUUGAUUUCCUUUAGAGUUGAUCGUCAAACCGUAGUUAUUUAAUUUUUUUUGUGAUAAUGUAGUGGUUUUUUGCUGUCAACUUGCUUGAGUAAUAGCCAUUUAAAAACAUAUUUUUCCUCGUUUUUUAAUUUCUUCUUUUACUAUUUGCUCUCCAAACUGUUGGAUCCAUCCAUAAUAAUACAGCUUAGCCCGUUUUCUUUUUAAUGAUGGGAGAAAAACGGACCUGAGUAUUUGGUUGUGUAUAGAAGUCUUUGGGGAAAUUAUUUUGUUCUGCGGCACAGGGGGACCGUGUUGUUCAGAGGUAAAUGUGCAGUCUUGUUGGAGUUAUUCUCCUGCUUUUCAAAUCAGUGUCAGGGUUUCUCAGAAAGCAUCGACUGGAGGGAUAUUUCUGAGGUAACGCUGUUGAGCAGUUGAGGGGAUCGUGAGGCUUUUCUGAAUGGCGACGUUAUAUAAACUGAAAUCCGGCUCCCAGACUCUCCCUGCCCCUGCCACUUUCCACUCGAUCAGAGAACCAUUUUGGUGAUAACCACGGGAUGAAUGAAUCAAAGUAUCACAUUAUUAACAAAGAAUGGUGUGAAAUCUUCUUAACCAUCGCUCCCUGAGUGAAGCUAGAAAACUGUACUGAAAAAUUAAUAGUUUUAUUUCCUUAACAGACAGCUAAUCUAUCACGUUUCUAGGUCUAGAAAUUAUCGUCGUCGGUCAAAAUUGCACGUUUCUCUAAUAGUCUUUUCGUGUUUUGAUAGGUUUUCCUGUUUUGUAUUUCUAAAUGUUGUUGAGUCUGCUUCUUUUACAUGGCUUUAUCCUCUCUAGAAGAUCCCUACUGAAUUUUUCAGUAAAGAUGGCUUCUCCAUAGUAAGCUUGUACAUAUAUUCUUGUUUCUGUAUUAGCUGUAAAUGAAAGCAAAACUUCCAUUUGGCAUAAACGAUACAGUGAUAGAAAUAACAGACUGGAAGCCUUCUUCUAAGCCCCCGGUUUGCGUAUCCGAAUAAGACCCCUGAAACGUGUUGUACGUCAAUCUGAGGAGAGUCAGAAAAUAGCAAGUAAAAUUGGCAGAUCAUAUUCAUUUCUAAAUGCAGAUAUGUUGCACUUUUAAAAAAGUAUAGAUUGUCAAGUAUAUUAAAUUAAUGUUUCCUUAACAAUUAUACCCUUUCUGUAAUCCCAUUCUAAGCAUACAUUACUACUUCCAAUAAAUGAGCCUGUGUUUUCCAAGA